AUGUCGUUCGCCGUGAGGAGGCCCGUCGCCAACCCGUCCUCCUCCGGGGGCGGCGCGCACGGCGGCCACCCGACGGCGCCGCCGCCUCUGCCCACGACGGCCCCCGUGCUCGACUUCAUAUGCCUCUUCACGCACGACCUGCGGCGCAAGCAGAAGCGCUGGCAGGACGGGCGCCUCAAGUACCACACGUUCAACCGCCGCGUCAUGGUGUACGACGAGCGCGGCAACUUCAUCGGCGACGCGCACUGGCCGCCCGGCGCGGGCGACCUCGACGAGGGCGAGGAGCUGGAGCUGGACCGCGGGGCGGCCAUUGUGCAGGUUGCUGAGUGCGCGGGCGUGCGCGAGCAGGACCUGAGUGAGGUGCUGGACCGGCGGGUGCGCGACGUGGAGAGGCGCAGGGCGGAGCGCGAGGCCAAGACGACGACGACGCCGGGGAGGACGCCGCGCGGGGCAACGACAGACGGUCCGGUGGCGGCGGCCGCGAGGGCAGCGCCGGAGAGGCAGCAGCAACAGCAGACGCACUUUCAACUCAAUCACCGGCCUCUGAGCGCCAUCGUCCCGAGCCCCGGCCCGCUUGGCCGCGCGGCGGUACCGCAGGAAUCCCCCUUUGAGGCGCGGCGACGAGUCGAAGAGGAAAACGCCGGGGAAAGGCCAGACGCAGACACGCAGCGUGGAGCGAAGAGGCGAAAGGUCGGCAUGCCGUCUCCGCCGAGCAAGGCUGGGUAUGCGCAGAGCCUGUUUGGCACGAGGCUGACCCUGUCGGGCUGUCCGUCGUCGUCCGCGGAGGCCUGGGCGCGGGUCCGGGCGCUGAAGGAGCGGACGAAUCUGCAGGGGCGGAGCCAGGAGCUGCUGGAUAAGGGGCAGAGAAGAGAACGGGACAUGCCGGAUGAUGAGGAUGUGGAUGUGGUGAUGGUUGAGCGGUCGACACGAGAGACGCCUGGCAGUUCUCCGCAUUUUGCGGCACCGGCGACCAGAGGUACUCCUCGACCGGCGGCGAGAACCCUUGGGCAGGCCUCUCGGAAAGUUCAUCAAGAGGCCACUUCAGAUGAGCAACAGACGUCACGAGUCAACGCGACGAAACCGAAUGCAAGACAAGCCUUGGGCAGCAUACGCGAGAACCGACCGCCAACACGAAAACUCCCGAUAUCAUCUACGCCCAUGGACCUCACAGGUGACGAUGAAGUCAUGGAGAUCGACACGCCUGUUCCCCGAGAGCCCGCGCGUACGAGAAUAACCUCUGUGCCAGCCAGGAAGGAAAUGGGGAAGGCUCUGAACCACCUACCCCCACCAAAGCCACAAGAGCAACAACGACAGAGAGAACGGUACACUGGCCGCUCAUCGUCGCAAGACCAGGACGAGGCGAUAUCGCGCCCGGAAGGCCCGCCGGCGCCGCUCAAGGAAGCAGGGCCACGCACGGAACUUCGAAUUCGGGCAAGGCAGCGGAGGGGCCUGCUCAUGGUUGCAGAGAGGAAGCAGCAAGUGAACAGAUCGCAUUCGUCUGCGACGCCAGACUCUAGCGGCGUCAGCGUCGGGGCCGAAUCACUCAACCGCACAGCCAAGCUCUCUGAGCAGCCCCGGGCCAAGCGGCAGCGGGCUGAAGAUACACCAGAGCCCGAGGACUUUGAUGUCGCAUCAGAGGCCGAACCUGCGGCACCAGGCGCAGACUUGGACAAUGCAAGCGACGUGGACCGACCAGGUGGCGGUGGUGCUGGGCCUGUCUUUGCCGAGUCUAGCAGCGACAGCGACGCGCCACCUGUGAGGCGCAAAGUACAGCGCAAGAAGCCGAACACAAUCGACACAGACAAGGAAGCGUCGUCUGUGGAAGGCGAUGAGAGGGCCAGCGACGGCAGCCAGGGAAAGCCUGCCAGUCCAGCGUCCUCAGAUCAGUCCGUCAUUGCGCCGGCGCGACCUACGCGAUCCUCUCGUCGCCGCCGCAGAAGCCCGACGCCAGACCCGUUUGACGAUGAUUCUGAUGGUGCUUCGUCGCCACCACGAGCCAAGGAGCGCAAAGCCAGCCGCAAGAAGGCUCAGGCUGUUGAGCCUCCAGAGGACAAACCUGCCCCGUCAGGUCCACGAAUCACCAAGAUGGCGAGAAAAAGCGUCAAGAGCAGAGAGAUUAUAGGCUUUGUGGUGCGCGACAAUGUGGUGCCUGCGUCCUUUGCGGCCGCUACAGGGAGGAUCGGACUGGGAAUCCCAGCUCCUGUGCCGCCAACAGUCGGUGUUGCGGCGUCCAGCGCAAGAGCAAGUACAGAUAUCGAUACGACGAAAGUAGCAACUGCGAUGGAAACGGCUGGCCCUGCAAUGCAUUCAGGCGCAGGGGCGGGCGAUUCGACGGCGGAGCCAACGUCAAAGUUAAAUGACAGCAAUGGGGGCGUGGCACUCCAAACCAACGGCCGGCCCGAUAUCACAGAACGCGCAGAGGCCGUCGAACAGCGUGCACCCACGACGGCAAGCGACUCGACAAAUCCACCACUACAAGCUCAGAGCCGCCCUGAGGAGGCCGUUGAGCACACGACCAGGCCCAGCAAUGCGCCACCAGCUGCAGCCGAGCCUACGAAGAGCGCACCGACGAACCAGACGACCACGUCCCCCGAGCAUUCAGACACCCCUGCUGCGACUGCCGCCCCCAAGCCGCGAAUCGCCAACCCGGCCACGCGCGGUAGGAAAGCGGCCCGGAAGGAAGACGCGGCCGGGCAGGCUCCGCAGACCCUCGUGCCCCUCGAGCCGCCCGCGGUCAUCUCGGUGCGGCCGCGAGCCGUCAAGGUGGUCGUCGACGCCGGGCCGGAAACGAAGAAGGAUGCAGGCGCUGCCGGCGGCGCGGGCAUGCCGGGUUUCAGCAAGGCCAACGGCGGGGCCUGGAGUAGACAUGCGGAGGACCUGCUGGGGAUGGCGAGGCCGACGGGGAGACGGUGA